AUGGGAGAUGGGGUGUUUGAUUACUAUGGUUGUGUGCUUUUGUCUACUUUUGCUAUCCCACGCACAUGUGCCAUACAAUUGGCUAUUAACGAAUGUGGAGGCUUGUAUCUUGAGCAUAUUCAUCUUUUCUUAAAGACUUUGGUCAUGGGAGAUGGUGUAAAUGCAGCAGAUUACAUUAAUCAGUGUGAUCAAGAUGUUGAAUACCUUCGGGGAUUACUUGAUGAACUUUCUGAGUGCGAUCCUGCGAUUAGGAGAGGUAUAGUAGACCUUAUUCAUCGACAGUUACACCCAGAGGAUGAUGGAGUUCAACAGCCUCGUGUAGUUACUUCUAGGAGAGGUAGACCUUCUCGCUCAUCAUCUACUAGAUGUGACCCGAGCUUAUUCGAACAUGUGCAGCGCCAGUUUGGGGAUAGAUCAAGGUCUCGUAGUCGUACUCGUACAACUACGACGACUCGAUCUACUGGAGAUGGAAAUUCAAGUGCAGCAAAUACAUUUGAACCGGAGAGAUUUGAAACACAACCAGGACCAUUUCCUUACAUGGAGAACAUACCCGAUGUCAUCAUCCCAUUUAUAGUUGAAUGGAAUGACGUCUUAGGUGAUGGGAACUGCGGAUUCAGGUGUAUAGCUUAUGCUUUCAAUGGUGGGGAAGAUUAUUGGCCACACGCUCGUCAACACAUUUACAACGAGAUUUCUAUGAGAGAACUAUAUGAGAAUAUUUAUGGAGGACGAAACUUCGUGGAUUUAGCGAGAAACCGUAUCAUACACACCCAAGGUCCUGCCAAUCGUGAUCAUUGGCUAGAGUCUAUUUUUUAUUUGUAUGUCGCUGCUACAUUGUGCAAUAAUUGCGCUGUGAUGUACUUUACAGUGGCACAAACAGGUAGUUUGCGGGGUUGUUGCACUAUUCUACCAUUGACUGCACCAAUAAAUGUGGUUCGACCGUGUUAUGAGUUUGUUAUGGUAGACCUUGGAGCGCGUCAUCAACAUUACAUCCGCCUACACUUGGCUCCUGAUUUCUCGGUUCCUCCAAUUGUUGCACAAUGGUUUCUUUUGAGAGAUGCAAGUGUAAUUGGAUGGAAGGAUCAUUUAGCUAGACGGAUUAGGUCAUGGAAUGUUCAUUAUGGUAUUUAA